AUGGGAGCUAUUUUACCACUAUGUAACAAACGUUCUCUGUUUGGAACUCAAUGCCGUCCUGUUGGGAUCCCCAUAGUCGAUCGAACCACUGAGCGGGUAAAGCGCAUUCUCGCCGAGCCCCAUCCAAAAACGUGA